AUGACCUCCACGGGCGACCUCUACCCAAGCUUGAAUCGCGAAACGAGGUCAGUCAGACUAGUGAAGAUCCACGCGCCGGUGGGAAACGAGACCCUUCGCUGCACCCUGACUGCCCAACCACUCGAUGACGCGCCCCCUUUCAUCGCGGUAUCCUACGUCUGGGGAAGCCCGGAGCCAUCUCGCGAGAUCAGAGUCAACGAGGCGGCCUUCCGGGUCCGGGAGAACCUGUGGCACGCCCUCCAGCAGCUCGCGCGGAUCGCAAACAACGCGGACAACUGCAUAUCGGAGCAGAAGAAGCCCGGCGCCAAGCUGCCGCAGCAUCUCUGGAUCGACGCCAUCUGCGUCAACCAAGACGACACCUCGGAGCGCGGCCACCAGGUCGGCCUCAUGAAGGACAUCUUUUCGACGGCGCAUCUCGUCAUCGCCUGGAUAGGACUGGAGGAGGGCGGCGGCGGCGGCGGCGUCGAUCUGCUGUUCGACUACCUGCGAGGUCUCAAACACACGGCCCGACGGGAGCGGAACCACUACCUGCGGACCCGGAAGCGCAAGUUCUCCUUCAAGGACGCCAAGUGGUUCGUUUCCCGGCCGUACUGGUCGCGGAUCUGGAUCGUGCAGGAGUUCACCCUGGCCAAGGAGCUGUGGGUGCUGUGCGGCCCGUCCGCCAUCUCCUGGGCGUCGCUGCAGCAGUUCAGGCCCUUUGGGAUCUCGCAGCAGACGAACCUGGGCUUCAAGCACCUGUCGAAGCAGGAGCACCACCACAGCAUCGAGAAGCACGUCGAGAGCUGCAGGGAGCUGUCGAGGCUGCGGAGGUCCUGGCAGACGGACCCGCGGCGCCCUUCGUUCACGGACAAGGAGCCCGGGUCUGGGGCGCGGCCGCGCCUCACCAGGCUGCUGGCCUUCUCCAAAGACUACCACUGUACGGACCCGCGAGACCGGGUCUACGGGCUGCUGGGGCUCACCGAGACCGAGGACGAGGCGCGGAUCCCGGCCGACUACGACAUCACGCCCUUCCAGCUCUACCACCGCGUCAUGUUCCACCUCAAGCAGCAGGGGCAGGCCUUCCACUCCCAGCUCUUCCGCCAGAGGCUGGCCCAGGGCCUCCAGAUCGACGACCACGACGACCUCCCGCGGUCCGACUUCGUCUACGAGGCGGUCGCCAGCCGCUGCGUGCGGAAGCUGUUCGCCACGGAGUCGGCCAUCUGGCGGGACCAGUUCCUGGACGACGUCACGGACCAUCUCGAAAUGGAAGGGGACCGGGACGAUGCGCAGGGAUUCUUCACUCGGGCGAGGUAUCACUUCCGGUCAUUCCCCUCGGAGCACGAUCCGGCGACCUGGGAGCUGUUUGAGGACGCUCUCAAGACGGCCCUGCAAAUCAGAACGAAAGCAGAAAAAAAGAAGGCUUUGAAGUAG